CAGAACCCAAGAGACCCCAUGGCUAUUGAAGGUGCAGUCAGUGGGGGGCAUUGGGAUGCAGAAAGUUGCCCAUGGAUUAUUUUUGUGGCUUUUUAUUUCUGUUGUGAGAAAUGUAACUUCCGCUUCCUGAAGGAAGGUGGAAAGUCGCUGGUAGUUAUUUCACUGCCCUCCUGUGGCCUGAUUCAGCCCCUUCUCUUAAAGAAGGAUUUACCUGUCCCUUCAUGAGACAGUCCCAGGCAAAGAGCAACUGCUUGCUGCUGGAUAAUUUCGUGGAGGCCUUGUUCCCUUCCCAGAUCACAGGUGUGCCCUCUUUCUCGGGAACAGUAGCAUUCAGACUUCUUGCAGUGUGAAUCUGCCACCAGUCAGAAGUAGAUGUAGACUUCAGCUUUGCCUGUGUAUCCCAUUCCUGAGUUGCCCACAAAUCCUGGAGGCUUGAUUGGGGCUGCCAACAGAAUUCUGGGAAAGCUAGAGUUGGCAAGAACCGAAAGGCCUACACUGAUGACAUUAAACUUAAAAACAGUAGUUCCUUGACAGGUGCUUCUACUCCAAUUCCUGCAAGAUGCCAGCAGCACUUGUGGAGAACAGUCAGGUUAUAUGUGAAGUAUGGGCAAACAAUCUGGAAGAGGAGAUGAGGAAAAUUCGAGAAAUAGUUCUCAGCUACAGCUACAUUGCAAUGGAUACAGAGUUUCCUGGAGUUGUAGUGAGGCCAAUUGGUGAAUUCCGCAGCUCCAUAGAUUAUCAGUAUCAACUACUUCGGUGUAAUGUUGAUCUCCUGAAAAUCAUCCAGCUAGGCCUGACUUUCACAAAUGAGAAGGGGGAAUAUCCUUCUGGGAUCAACACCUGGCAAUUUAACUUCAAAUUCAACCUUACGGAGGACAUGUAUUCACAGGAUUCCAUAGAUCUCCUUGCAAACUCUGGGUUGCAGUUCCAGAAGCACGAGGAUGAAGGGAUCGAUACCUUACACUUUGCAGAGUUGCUCAUGACCUCGGGGGUGGUCCUCUGUGACAACGUGAAAUGGCUCUCGUUUCACAGUGGCUAUGACUUUGGCUACAUGGUGAAACUACUGACAGAUUCCAGGCUUCCAGAGGAGGAACACGAGUUCUUCCAUAUCUUGAAUCUUUUCUUCCCAUCCAUCUAUGAUGUCAAAUACCUAAUGAAGAGCUGCAAAAACCUUAAGGGAGGCCUUCAAGAAGUUGCAGAUCAGCUGGAUUUGCAACGAAUUGGACGACAGCAUCAGGCAGGAUCAGACUCUCUCCUCACGGGAAUGGCAUUCUUCCGAAUGAAAGAGUUGUUCUUUGAGGACACGAUUGAUGAUGCAAAGUAUUGUGGGCGGUUAUACGGCCUUGGCACAGGAGUGGCUCAGAAACAGAAUGAAGAUGUGGAAAUAGCCCAAGAGAAGAUGAGCAUCCUGGCUAUUAUUAACAACUUGCAGCAGUGAUAACUGGGUACCACAUGACAAGACAUGGUCCCAUAGUGGCAGCUGCAGUCAUAAACUGUUUCCAGCAGUCUCUCAUGCAUCAGGCAUGAGGCAAUUUGCUGAAGACAAAAGAUGCUUCUCACUUUGGUUCGAACUUAGAGGGGAGUCUGAGUUGUUGAUAAUGCUAGCCGUGGUGGCUUCCCAUCUUUUUAGUACUAACAAGAUUGAGACUAUUAAUGUAUAUACCUCUGUUUUCUUCCUUUUAAAAUGUACUGAACCUGCAAGGAAGACUUUACUCCAGCACAUUCAGAACUGAGGUUCUGAAAUGUUUGUGUAUCACUGGCCUUUUCAGAUUGUGCUUUAAGAAACUUAUUUUAAAUUUUUUUUUGUUGGCUGUAAGGGUGACAGCUGCUCCUCACCCUUUGCUUGUUUUUACCUUUGGGUAUUCUGUAGAGAUGACCCACUGUUUCAUGGCAGAGUUUUGGGACCGGAUAAUAUAAAACACUUUUUUCCUGGAGCUGAAACAUUCAACUAGAUCGGUCUUGGUAUCUGUCAGAUGGUGUGUUUGGAGCUGAGCCGAACACCUUCAUAACUUCUGAGUCUGUAGAAUUUCCCACUUUCUUUAGAAC